UCUAACCCCUGAGCUCUGGAAUUCCCUCUUAACAGGAAACAAACUUCAAAUCUCGGCCACCCCUCUCAGCCGUGACCACCGUUUAUAGUCCCGAUUCCCGGCCACUCAAUACCGUACUGCCCUCGUCUACACAUCCAAAUGGGGUUCUUCGACCUGAACAUCCCCUACCGUGAGUCCGAUCGUCACGUUAUCGAUAAAUCCUCUCUAAAAUCCCGCCGGCUAAAGCUUGCCAUAAAAGCCAUGGAACUCGGCUACACUGGAGUGGCCUACAACCGUACCCUCAAAGGCGUGAUUUCGGAAUCCGACCGCUGCGUAAUACCUCUCUUCCCGCUCUCCUCCCUCUUAAAAGUCGCACCUUCUUCCUCGUAUUUCUCCGCCGCCGUCAAGUUCCAUCGUGAGCUUCUAAACGUCACCGUUUCAUCCCCCUUCCGCCAGUACACUCGCCUUACAUUAAUUGUCGAUAGUGCUGCUCCCGUUCUCAAGUCUAGCAAUGGGAUUCUAAAAAGUUACGAUAUAGUUGCUGUUAGACCCGUAAAUCAGAACGCCUUUGAUCAGGCCUGUAAAACCUCCGAGGUGGAUAUUAUUGCCAUUGAUUACUCGGAAAAGUUGCCUUUUAGGUUGAAGCAACCAAUGGUUAAAGCUGCAAUCAAGCGUGGAGUGUACUUUGAGAUUACAUACUCUAGUUUGAUCGUGGAUGCACAAGCAAGGAGGGAAGUGAUAUCUAAUUGCAAGCUACUAGUUGAUUGGACACGAGGAAAUAAUUUAAUAUUCUCUAGUGCUGCUCCUUCUGUUACUGAACUUAGAGGACCAUAUGAUGUUGCAAAUUUGUUAUCUCUACUUGGGCUCUCCAAGGAGCGUGCUAAAGCAGCCAUUUCCAAAAAUUGUAGAUCAAUCCUAGCUAAUGCUUUAAGGAAAAAACAUUUUUAUAAGGAGGCUAUUAAGGUUGAACGAAUACUAUCAAGCGGACAAAUUAAUUCAGAGCAAUCUCCAUUUGAUGACUGGCUUAAAUGGGAUCCUAUUUCUAGCGGUGAUGGCGACUUGAUACUAGAUGACAUGGAAAAAUCUUUCUCCGCCUCCAGCAAUGUAGCCAAAACUGUGAAAACCAUUGACUUCACAUCAGGCGUGAAUGGUCUGCCUGUGCAUGGCCUGCAAAUCAAAGAUAUAAUCUCUCUGAAGAAUGUGGCACCAAAGCCACCAGAUCAUGGUAAAUAUUUGCCGGAGUCUGAGGAGACUGAGGCAGCUAUUGCAGAUUAUGAGAUGCCUGUAGAUAAGGGUGGCCUAAAUCCUUUGCCUGAAGGACAAGACAGCCUUAAUGCUGUGGUUCAAAAGCAAGGCAGUCUUAAUCCUCUCUUUGAAGAAAGUCAAAUCUGCGACGAUUCUAAAAUUCUAUUGGAUCCCCUUCCCAAAGAGCAAGGCAUACUUAUUCCUUUGCUUGAAGACAGUCAAAUUUCAUUAAAUGACGUGAAGAACAAAUAUCAGGAUUUUGGGUGUGAAGAUUCUGAAAUGUCAGAUUUGCCAACGGAUACUGGUGCUUCAAAUUGUUUCACUGAUUUUGAGGAACUUGAUAAUGUUUCCAUUGAGAAACUGAGGAAUUCAAGCAAGUUGGAUGGAAAUUCUGUUCACACUGAUGUAGAAUUACCCAUUUCAGAAUUCCAAAGUUGCGUGCCUAUUUGUAGAACAAAUGUUAUACCAGAUGGGUCACCAGUUUUCAAUUCUAGGAGUAAAAGUGAAAUUACUCCUUUCUCUGACAAACCCGCUUCGUUGAAUGAUAUUUCUUUUUCUGCCAACAUUGAGGAGUCCGAUAUGGAAAAUGGCAUUGUAGUUUCAAGUGCACAAGAAGGCAUUGAAGUGAAUACUGUUCAAAGCAAGUUAGAGAGAGAAAUUGAAAAAGGACCUGUUUUAGCUUCAGCUGGCAUAUCUUCACAAAAUGGCCAUAUGGAGAGAGAACAAUUGAAGGAAAUAAUACUUACUUCAGUUUCCUUAGGUGAUAAAAGGGCUAUUGAAGAAUCUAGUAAUCCAACGUUGGAUGAUUUGAUGAGCAAGAAAAAGCAGAUAAAUCCUGUCACAAGUCAUCGAUUCCUGGACAAUUCUCAAGCAGGGAGAGGGAGAGCAAAACGAAGGGCAACUUAUAAACCUUUCACAUUUCCUUUUAAGGUUUUGUUGAAUCCCAAGGCCUUUAAGAGGAAGGCUCGGAAGUCAAAUUACUAAUAACUAUGUAGGGCUCCUCUUUUUCUUUUUGGCUUGGUGGCCUUUGUUUCAUAGAUGAUAAUGUCACAAACUUUGUUUUGUAGGUCUAGUUCUUUUGCUUAAAUUUUUAUGAUGAAGCUUGUAAAAUUUAUUGAACUGGGAUAUCCCUAUUUGCAUUCAGCAAAUUUAUUUAUUUAUUUUUAAUUAUUGAGUGAUU